AUGAACAUAAUAAUGGGCAUAUUGGACCAGGCCGUGUCUGCAGAAGAGGGUUACUUUGCGGGUGGAGCCAGUAGGAAGAGCUUGAUGGAGGAAAUGAGGCGGAUUAGAAGCAAAUAUAAAGCCACGGUGUUCGGCGACUCUGGAAGAGAGGGAAUGAAAUUUAAGAUGGCGCUACUAUUUGUUCUUAAAAGAGUAAAACAAAAGAUCAUCCUUGAGGACAGGCUUAUGGAGGUGAUCGACUCCGAGGUUGCUUACAUUAUAGGAUGUGUGAAGAGCAUCACCUCCGAGCCCAUUAGAGUUGGCACCGUCGAAGCUGUCAGACCUAUUCAGCAUGAGGCCGAGCACAAGUGCGCCAAACCAAGGACUAGGGCCAACUUCCCCAUGGACACAUCACAGCUUCUGAGGUCUUGGUUGAAAGAAAACAUGGAUAAUCCGUAUCCAUCGGAUGCCGAAAAGGCCUAUCUUUGCCAGAAGACUGGCCUUGGCCCAGCACAGAUUAACAAUUGGUUUAUAAACGCCAGGAGAAGAAUUUUGCCUUUCAUGAAAGGAAAGUGUAGCAAUUUCAAAUAA